AUGGGCGAUAUAAAUAUAAAUAUUAUUCAAGGCAAUAAAGACAAAGACGGUGAACCUUAUUUAAAUUUAACUGCAGGAUUAGGUCUUUUACCAGGUCAUACCUAUCCCACCCAUAUCAAUAAUUGUUUAGACGAUGUUAUGGUGAAAACAGUAUUAAACACUCAAAUAAUGGUACUCGAUAGCGUAAUCACUGAUCACUCCUUAAUCUUAACAAAUGUUUCUUUGAACCCCAAACGCAAGCCUAAUAAUAUUUUUAUAGAUAAAAUAAAUCAUGAUGAUGCCAUCAAAUCUAUAGAGUCUGCUGAUUUUUCUUUAAUAUCUUCAACUUCAAAUGCAGACACGGCUGCCGAAAAACUUGUUGAUUUACUAACCUCUGCUAUAAAGAAAACUACUGUUAAAAUUAAGAUUCCUAGAGCGAAACGAACGCUUAAGGCCUGGAUGACGUCUGGACUGAUAAGGUAUUCAGUGGAGAGAGCUAAUUACUAUUUUUCAACUUUAGGUAGAAAAUUAGCUGAUAAAAUUCUAGCAAACGGUACUAAACCUGCUAAUGUUAAUACUAUGCCCUGGUCGCUUAAUUCAUUUGUGCUCGAUUCUCCUGACGAGUUAGAAGUUGAAACAAUAUUGAUGGGUCUUAUAAAUGAUUGUGCUAUUGGGAUAAUAUUUUUGAUCCUAUUUGUCUCAAUUACUAAAGCAGUCGCCAAAUUUGGCAUGGAAUGUAACCUAAACUUUGAUAAAGAACUUUGCAUUUACAACUUAAACUGCACAGGAAAUAUAGAUCCUUAUGUUGCAGACUACAAUAACAUAGCAUGCUCCAAUAAUAUAUAUGUUAAUGGCAUGCAAUUAAUACCAGUGCAUAUUGCUUACAGAGAAGUAUUACAAGAUAACAAUUACGAUGAGCAUAUAUCUAUUGGGAAUGAUCCCAAUAACUAUGUCACAAUGGCAAUUGUUCAACUCGAUUUAAGUCAUAAUCAGCUUAAACUUCACCCUACAUUGAAUUAUAUGCCACACUUAAUGUUAUUGAAUAUAUCGCACAAUAAUUUGAUUGUUGCUAAAUUAUCGAAUAACAUCGAAUUUCAAUACUUAAAAUCUGUUGAUUUCUCGUACAACAUGAUUAAGUUAAUAGAAGUUAACCAGGCCGAGUACGCUUACGUUGAAUUAAUAGAUGUUGAUUUAUCUCACAAUUUAAUAGAAGAAAUACCAGAAUCAAUAUUUUCUUCGUUUUCUCAAAUGCAAUAUUUAAAUUUAAAAAAUAAUCGGUUGCACACUUUGAAUAUACUAUGUUUCGAAGGAAUUAAAAACUUACAAAGAUUACAACUCGGUCACAACGAAAUAGUAGACAUUAACUCUUCAUUUUUAAGAUUUAAAGAUCUCCAGGAAUUAUCUCUUGAACAUAAUAGAAUAGAAAGGAUUUUGAGUCGAGAUUUUCAAAACUUAUUUAACCUAAAUAAAUUAUACCUGAGUAAUAAUAACAUAUCGUACAUAGAAAAGAGUAGCUUUGAUAAAAUGACUUAUCUGAACACAUUAGAUUUAAGUGAUAACUUUUUAUUUGCUAUUGAUAAAGAAGUAUUUAGUAACACACGUUAUUUACAGUACGUUGACUUAUCAAGAAAUAAGCUAAAACAUAUGUCAAAAGAAUUGUUUAGAGGUAAAAAUAUCUCGUUUUUUUCUAUACAAAAUAACAUUAUAGAAGGCGAACUUGUAACAGGAAUGUUCAUUGGUCUUAGUGAUAUUACUGAGCUUGACAUAUCAAAUCAAUAUUUAACGUCUAUUGAAGACUAUGCGUUUAUGGGUUUAGACAAUCUAGAAAUAUUGUUACUGAAUGAUAAUAAAAUUAAGAGUUUGUCCAACAAGUCUUUUAGAUAUUUACAAAACGUUAAAGAAAUCAAUCUUUCGAAUAAUAAACUUAUUAAGAUAAAUUUUGAAAAAAUCGACCUAUUGAAUUUGGGAUACCUAUCUUUAAGAAAUAAUCUGAUAAACGAUAUAAAACAGGAAGAUUUUAAUAAACUUACUCAUCUCCAAGUUUUAGACUUAUCCAAUAACAAUAUUUCAAAAAUCGAAAGUAGUUCAUUCAAAGAACUACAACAUUUAGAAUUUUUUAAUUUAUUUAAUAAUCCAUUGUUAAUUUUCUUGGAUUCAAAUUCAUUUGACGGACUGCACGAAAUUGAUAAUAAAUCUUUCCUAGAACGCAAAUCAUUACAUCACAUAGAUCUAUCAUUUAAUCCUAUUUUACUCUUAAAGCUGAUCUGUUUCUCAACAUUAAACGAUUUACGUAGUCUAAAUCUCUCGGGAAUCGUGAGUAAUAUAAAUUUCAUUGAUAUGAAUAAAACUAUGCUUACAGAGUUACAGUUAUCCUAUGCACGAAUACAAAAUAUAACUACUCUACAUCUUAGUAGCCUUAAGAACUUAGAAAAGUUAGUAAUAACUAACAAUGCAGUAUCAGAAGUUGAUAAAAACGCAUUUUUGAACGUAAGCUGCUUACAGUACCUUGAUUUAAGUUACAAUAUGAUAAAAUACGUUCAACCUGGUGCCUUCAAAACUAAUUAUGGCUUGAAAUUUUUAAACGUGUCUCAUAAUUUUCUAGUCAAUAUUAAUUAUGGAAUAUCACAUGGUUUAAUAAAUUUAAAUAUUUUGGAUUUAUCAUUUAACCAAAUUGAAAGCUUGGAAUAUGAUAAAAUUAUGGGAGCAGUAAAUUUAAACACCUUGAUAAUCGAUAAUAACAAAAUUAGUAACAUUAAUAUAAAAUUUCCAUACACUCCUUUAUCGAAGUUAAGUAUAGGAGGUAAUCCUAUAUCGUGUAGAAAAAUUCUUGAAUUAAUACAAGAUAGUGAUAUUGAAAUAACGGCAAUAAGACGAGAUGUACAUAGUGAAAACAUAAAAGGUAUAACAUGCAAUAAUCAGUAUACAUCAAUAAGAGACACACUGUCUACACAAGAAGAAACUAACUCCGUGCAAAUUCUUAAUGAAUUAAAAACCAUCUUGGUAAAUUCUAGUAUAUCGAAAACAUAUGAACCUUUAAAAUUUGACGGUAAAAACUAUUUUGCUAAUAUUACUGAACGAAUUCAGAUGUACAACAAUGAUGUCAUGAAGCAAUUGUCACGUCUGAAUGAUGCUGCACUCUCAAUUGAUAGAGAUAACAAUCGUACUAAUUCUUUACUAGAAAGACUUUUGAAAGUGAUAGUUGCAAUGCACACUACAGUAAAGCCCUCCUUAAGUCCUUUAGUAAAAGAUAAUGCCACUUUUAAUAAUAUUAUUUCACAUAUACAUCAAAUAAAGCAAGAAUUGCAGAGCGAUUUAGUUGUUCAAAAAGAAAGCAUUAUGUCUGAGAUCGAUAGUAAGAUAUCGCUAGCCAUGGCUACAAAAGAACCUAUUAAAGAAAAAUUAUCUAAUACUGAAGGUAGUUUAGCUACACAAAAUAAAUUCAACUUUAUCGAGAUAUGUGUUUCUUUAACUUUAAUAAUAAUAAUUGUUUUGUUAUUAUUUAUUGCUUAUAAAAAAUUUAAUCGCAGUUGUACAUCGUGGCGUUCUACAUCGUUUAGUAGACAACAUAUCGCAGAAUCUUUAGAAAAUUCAAACUUGUAA